GUUAUAGUUCUGAUGAUGUGCGCGAUGGAAUUAUGGGCGCUAAAGGACAAUCUGUGACUGUUGAUGAAUUACUGUCACCAUUUAGAAAAUUUAAUUCUUCACUGGUCGGGAAGCCAAAAAUAUUCAUGAUUCAAAAAUGCCGAGGGAAGGAAGUUAGUAUGGGAAUCCGAGAGCCGAAUGCUUUGGCAGCUGAACCAAGCGUAAAUGCAUCAGCAUCGUCGCUUCCAUCUGUCCCGUCGGAAGGAUUGCCAUCACAUCCGAAUGUAGAAAGCUCGGGUUAUCUUCCGCUCCAAGCCGAUCACUUGAUAGCAUUCUCAACUUCCCCUGGUUACGUGGCUUACAGAGAUACCGAAUGUGGUUCGUGGUAUAUUGAUGAAUUAACUAGGGCCCUUUGUGAGGAAUACGGGAGUGAAGGAAGAAGAAAUCGAAAUCCUAGACAUUUGGUCGACGUCAUCACGCACGUGCAAGGAAUGGUUUCAAACAGGAUCCAAGGGAAAUUCAAAGUUCAGAUGCCAGAAUUCAGAAGCACUCUACGUGGCCCUAUAUAUUUUUGAAAUUCUAGUGAAAAUUAUGAAGACACUUCAGGAUGAUUCUACGUAUUUUAUACCAUCGCAUGAGUAUAUAAUAAUAUUUGUGUUUACAUGUGGCUGAUUGUUGUUGCUAUUAUUUUUUUACUUUUUCGUUAAUAAUUAUUUAACGACGACGAGUCAUCUUUGAGCAGACUCAAAAAGACAAAACUGUGUUAAGUAGGGGCGUGGCGACGGUAGGGCCGUAAGAGGAUGUGACACCCUACAGUAAUUCACCACGUUAGAAUUUACGAAAAUGCUCUAUUAUCGGUCUAAAAUAGGAGAAUGAAAAUUCGUCAGUAAAAGUAAAUUCGCCACAGUUCCAAAAAACUAAAUUAUUGCCACGAAUAUUUAGUGGGUUAGUCAUGCUGAUUGAUCAUGCGCAGAUUUGGCUGAUUCCAGGGAUCUAAAUCUAGGCCUAUGAUUUGAAAAUUGGCCACCAACCAUUGGGAAAGCCUUUAUCACUUGCUCAAAGUUGCAUUACUGUCGCAUUCUAUGAGUCAUUUAGGCGAAAAAGUUUGGCAUUGAUUUUUUAUCAACAUAAUUACAUCCCUUGAUCUUUGGCCUGUCUCGUUCACCACGCCUUUGGAGUUGACUCGUAGAUUUUUUAAAACUAUUUUAAAAGAACUAAAGCGAAACAAUUUAGGAUAUAAAUAAU